AUGAAUAGACCACCGUAUGCCCCGAAUGGUCCUCCGGGCUAUCCCACCGUUUCCUUCAAUCUGGAAAGCCCAAGCCUAGUCUGGCGCUCCGCAUCGUAUCAGACCCUCCUUACCGUCGCAACUCUUUGCCGUGGAUUCCUGUUCGGCCUCAACAAGACUGAAGUUCACGGCCUUCCGCGCUUCCUUGAGCUUCUAAAGUCGCGCGCGGACCCGUCCACUCGGCAGCGUGGCCUGGUCACAGUCUCCAAUCAUGUCUCGGUCAUGGACGAUCCCCUCAUCUGGGGCGUCCUACCUUUUUCCUUUCAUGCCUACCAUGGCUAUCUGAACCACCGUUGGGGGUUUGGCAGCCACGAUAUAUGUUUCAAGGGUACCCUGCUCUCCCAUUUCUUCACCCUCGGUCAGGUCUUGCCCACCCACCGACUUGCUCAUUCCGUCCAUGGCGGCCCAAUGCAACCGUCCUUGACUGAAGCCAUUCGUCUCCUGUCGCCUAUCCAGAAGAUAUCCUACACACCCCGACAGCAUGGUGCCUUCAGCGACUGUACCAGCCAUCCUCCAUCCUGGCCACGCGAUGCUGUCGAUCCUUUCUCCGACACCAACAUAGACCCACAGUCACCUCACUACGCUUCGUACACCGAUGACGAGCGCCUCUACCUUGCUCCCUCACGCUACCGCGCCAAUCAACUCGGCUGGGUACACAUAUUUCCCGAGGGCAUGAUUCACCAGUCUCCGAAUUACAAUAUGCGCUACUUCAAAUGGGGCGUCGCUCGUCUUAUCCUCGAGCCCGCCGUGUGUCCCGACGUUGUUCCCAUUUGGAUCGAAGGCACCGACCAGGUCAUGCACGAGAGUCGCGAGUUUCCACGCUUUAUCCCACGUCCGGGAAACCGCAUCAGCGUCACCUUCGGCGAGGCCGUCGACCCGGAAGCGCGUUUUGGCGACCUGCGGCAGCGAUGGCAGCAGCUCCAGAACCGUUGGAUCGAAGAAGCCGACCCCGGUGCCACGAAAGCCGACAAGGAGCUCACGCUGUUUGCGUCUCUAGGCAUGGGAAUGCAAGGGCUUUCCUACAGUGCAGAAGUGCUAGAGCUCUGGAUCGAGACCACACUGCGGGUCCGGGAAGAAGUGCUAAGAUUGCGGAGGGAUAGAGGCUGGCCGGACGAGGACCCCAAGGCCAGCGUCGCCGAGACGUGGGUGAGAGAGGGACCCAAGCGUCAAGGGCAAAUGGAAGAUGGUACAUGGGUAGGAGACACUUGA